AAGAGUUCAGGAGUAGAAGCCACGCUGUCGCGACGUGGUUUGCAGUGUAAGUGAGAGCGGUACACCAAGUGCAGCCAAGUGAAAGUUACCUCCAAGCUCCGAAGAAAGACCGCGAGAAUUUUAUCUAUUUUUUUUUUUGGUCAUAUCACAGAAGUAAAAUGUCUGCUAAGGCUAUCUCAGAGCAGACGGGAAAGGAGUUCCUGUACAAACACAUCUGCACCACGGCGGCUGUGCAGAACCGGUUCCACUACGCUAAUGUCACUGCCGAGACCGACUGGAACCGCCUGGUCCAGGACCACCCCUGGUUGCUCACUGAGCGACUGGUCGUGAAGCCGGAUCAGCUGAUAAAGCGCAGGGGUAAACUGGGCUUGGUGGGCGUGAACCUGGAUCUGCAGGGUGUCAAAGAAUGGCUGAAACCACGUCUUAUGAAGGAGACUACAAUAGGGAAGGCUAAAGGACUCUUGAAGAAUUUUCUCAUCGAGCCGUUUGUACCUCAUAAACAGGAGGAGGAGUUUUACGUGUGUAUCUACGCUGCAAGAGAGGGCGAUUACGUGCUUUUCCAUCACGAGGGCGGAGUCGAUGUCGGCGACGUCGACGCUAAGGCCCAGAAACUUCUAGUGGGCGUGGAUGAAAAACUUAACGAAGACGCAGUCAAACAACAGCUUCUCAAACACGCCCCCGCUAACAGGAAAGAGAUCCUGGCCAAUUUUUUGGUGGGCUUAUUUAACCUGUAUGAGGAUUUGUACUUCACCUACUUGGAGAUCAACCCACUUGUUGUGACUAAGGAUGGGGUGUAUGUGCUGGACAUGGCGGCGAAGAUCGAUGCCACGGCUGACUACAUCUGUAAGGCUAAAUGGGGAGAUGUGGAGUUUCCCCCUCCAUUUGGCAGAGAGGCCUAUCCUGAGGAGGCAUAUAUCGCAGAUUUGGACGCCAAAAGCGGUGCCAGUCUCAAGCUCACCCUCCUUAACCCCCGGGGACGGAUCUGGACCAUGGUGGCAGGAGGCGGAGCCUCUGUGGUAUACAGCGACACUAUCUGCGACCUGGGCGGCGUUAACGAGCUGGCUAAUUACGGCGAGUAUUCAGGCGCCCCUAGCGAACAGCAGACCUACGACUACGCCAAAACCAUCCUCUCCCUCAUGACCCGAGAAAAACACCCUGAAGGAAAAGUCCUGAUUAUCGGAGGAAGCAUUGCAAACUUCACCAACGUGGCAGCUACGUUUAAGGGUAUCGUCAGGGCGAUUAGGGAUUAUCAGGAUGCACUGAAGGAACAUGAGGUCACUAUCUUUGUGCGUCGUGGCGGCCCAAACUAUCAGGAGGGACUGAGAGUGAUGGGGGAAGUUGGUAAGACCACAGGUAUCCCCAUCCAUGUCUUCGGCACCGAGACCCACAUGACAGCCAUCGUUGGCAUGGCGCUGGGCCAUCGACCAAUCGCAAACCAGCCUCGGGGCGCUGCCCACACCGCCAACUUCCUGCUCAACACCAGCAGCAGCAAUGUGACUCCCACCUCUAGCAGAACUCAGUCGUUCUGUGAGGUGAAAAGCGAAACAUCAGCUGCAGCCGCUCAGAAAUCCAAACCAGGAACUCCCCCAGUCAAAGCCACCACUCUGUUCUCUAAACACACUAAGUCCAUUGUGUGGGGGAUGCAGACGCGGGCGGUGCAGGGUAUGCUGGACUUUGACUACGUGUGUUCCCGCACUGAGCCGUCUGUGGCCUGCAUGGUCUACCCCUUCACUGGGGAUCAUAAACAGAAGUUUUACUGGGGUCAUAAGGAGAUCUUGCUCCCGGUCUAUAAGAACAUGGCCGACGCCAUGAAGAAGCAUCCGGAAGUGGACGUCCUCAUCAGCUUUGCCUCAUUGCGAUCUGCCUACGACAGCACCAUGGAAACCAUGCAGUAUCCACAGAUUCGGACCAUUGCUAUCAUAGCCGAGGGCAUUCCUGAGGCGCUGACCCGUAAGAUCAUCAAGAAGGCCGACGAGAAAGGCAUCACCAUCAUCGGCCCGGCAACGGUUGGCGGUAUAAAACCAGGCUGUUUUAAGAUUGGGAACACGGGGGGAAUGUUGGAUAACAUCCUGGCGUCUAAGCUCUACAGACCGGGUAGCGUGGCCUACGUCUCCCGCUCCGGAGGAAUGUCCAACGAACUCAACAACAUCAUCUCCCGCACCACCGACGGCGUCUACGAGGGAGUCGCCAUCGGAGGAGACAGGUACCCUGGCUCAGUGUUCAUGGAUCAUGUGUUGCGGUAUCAGGACACACCUGGGGUUAAGAUGAUUGUUGUGCUAGGAGAAAUUGGUGGGAAUGAAGAGUAUAAGAUCUGUCAGGGUAUUAAGGAGGGCAGGAUCACCAAGCCUGUGGUGUGCUGGUGCAUCGGGACCUGCGCCACCAUGUUCUCCUCUGAGGUCCAGUUUGGACAUGCUGGAGCCUGUGCUAACCAGGCCUCUGAGACGGCUGUGGCCAAGAACAAGGCGCUGAAAGAGGCCGGAGCCUUCGUCCCCAAGAGCUUCGAUGAGCUCGGCGAGGUGAUUAAGUCAGUUUAUGACGACCUGGUGUCUCGAGGCGUGAUCGUACCUGCCAAGGAGGUGCCCCCUCCCACCGUGCCAAUGGACUACUCCUGGGCACGCGAGCUGGGACUGAUCCGUAAGCCCGCCUCCUUCAUGACCAGUAUCUGUGAUGAGAGAGGACAGGAGCUGAUCUAUGCUGGGAUGCCAAUCACAGAGGUCUUCAAAGAGGAGAUGGGCCUUGGUGGAACCCUGGGCCUGCUCUGGUUCCAGCGCAGGUUACCACGCUAUGCAUGCCAGUUCAUUGAGAUGUGUCUGAUGGUGACGGCGGAUCACGGGCCGGCUGUGUCCGGAGCCCACAACACCAUUGUGUGUGCCCGCGCUGGCAAAGAUCUCAUCUCCAGCCUUACCUCUGGUCUCCUCACCAUCGGAGACCGGUUUGGUGGAGCGUUGGACGCAGCUGCCAAGCAGUUCAGUAAGGCGUUUGAUAGUGGGAUGCUGCCUAUGGAGUUUGUCAAUAAGAUGAAAAAAGACGGCAAACUCAUUAUGGGCAUCGGACACAGGGUCAAAUCAAUCAAUAACCCUGAUAUGAGGGUACAGAUCCUGAAAGACUUCGUAAAGCAGCAUUUCCCCGCAACUCAGCUGCUGGACUACGCCCUAGAGGUAGAGAAGAUCACCACUUCUAAGAAACCGAACCUCAUUCUGAACGUGGAUGGUUUCAUCGGCGUGGCCUUUGUGGACCUACUGAGAACCUGUGGAGGCUUCACCAGGGAUGAAGCAGAUGAAUUUGUGGAGAUCGGCGCCUUGAACGGGAUUUUCGUCCUGGGACGCAGCAUGGGCUUCAUCGGUCACUAUCUGGACCAGAAGCGUCUGAAACAGGGUCUUUACCGCCACCCGUGGGACGAUAUCUCCUACGUCCUGCCCGAACACAUGUCCAUGUGAUCAUUCGCUCUCUGUCCUCACCAGCGACCCUAAAGAGAAUAUCGUCUGUGCUUGUGUCCACGGUUCAGCGUGUUUGUGUGUAUAUGUGUGUGUGUGUGUGUGUGUGUGUGUGUGUCUAGGUGUGUGUUUGUUCGUAUAUGCGCUUUACUUUUAAAAAAAAAAAAAAAUCUGGAAAAGUUCGCUGUACUUAACUUGUAUGUGGUCGCUUAAAACUGUGAAAUCAUUUGUGACGCCCGAGGACCUGAUGGAGAGAGAGAGAGGGAGGGAAGAGUAAAAGUAAAAAGGAUGGAUUAAAGGACAAAUUAUUUCAGUGGAUAUGCAUACAAAUGUCUGGUCCAAGAGAAGCAAUCAAACCUCCUUCUCUUUCUUUCUCUCUCUCUCUCUCUGUCUCAGACUAUUAUAACUGUCCUUUACCCAGUGCAUUCCUCUAAAUAGAUUAGAAGCAUGUGUCCCAAAUUUAAAAUGUUGUAGAACUUUUUUGUCGUUGUUGUUGUUGUUGGACCUCUAAAGUAUUCCAUGGAUUGAGAAAGCAACUAGUUGCUAAGCAACGACAGUUCAUAAAGUUAACUGGAAUCAACCGGUGCAGUGUUCCACACAUUAUAGAAAACGUGAAAACUGUUUAAGAAGUUUGGACUCGACCAAAACUCACGCUUGCCUACUUUCUUUUGCGUACUUUAGUGGAAGUGCCAAUGUUAAACAACAGUUUGCUGUUUUUAGCAAAUAACUAGUGCAAUAAUGUUAGCAGCAUCACAGAGAUGUAGGCAGUAGCUUAACGUAUGUUUAAAUCUCUCAUUGUCAGGGUAUUAAGAAUGUAGAUGUUUUAAAAAGUUGUUGAAUGUAUAUAAAAUAAAUAAUUAUAACAAACCAAUAUUUUUUUUUUUUUUUUGGCUGAAUUGGCCAUUAGCAACAUUAGCAAUUUGUGAGGUAGCUCUGUGUUGUUUUUGGAAUCGUUUGAAGCAAUAGCAUAAUUUUUUUUUUUCCCCUUCUCCUGCUGCAAACCGUUGACAUAGUUAUUACUGUUUUAACAGUUCAGGAUUUCUAGUACUUUCCAGGGACCAUAUCUGAACCGUUAUCAGAGAUAAGCUAGCUAAGUGUGAACCACUGUUCCUUCCUGCUGUUGUCUGUUGAGUUGUCUCCAGUUUGUUUAUUUAAGAUCUCUCAACAGUUCAAACGAAUAUCUCUAGUUUAAAGUGAAGUGACAUUCCAUUUUUAUUUUUCUACUUCAACCAUAUUUUUAUGAUAAAAGGCACACAUGCCCUUAACAAAAUGGCCUAGAGUAUAUCGUAUAUGUAUAACUAACAAAAUAAAUUGUGUGAUUAAAAAAAAAAACUUAAUGGGUA